AUGGUCGAUUGCGAUGACAAUGCGUGGGGACCAACUGUCUCACCAAAUUGUCGUGGCGGUUUUGAUUUCACUCUGAUUUUCGAGGACACUGUUCUUGCCAUCAUUCCUGGUGCUGUCAUCAUUCUGAUAGCCGUGGCCUGGCUUUAUCGCUCGCGACAACAUCGACGUCAAGUGCGAUCACACAGUGGCUUUUGGUCAAAAGCCAUUCUUAUAACUAUUUCCUCUCUUCUGCAGCUCGCCUUCCUCGUUCUCUGGGCUGUGAAGCUCCCGCGGCCCUCCCAUACCGCGCUCCCGGCUGCUAUUAUUGAGCUAACGGCCACGGUUAUUCUGGGUCUCGUCUCCUACACCGAUCACUUCAAGACUCUACAGCCCUCGACUCUUCUUUGUUUAUACUUACCCCUCGAUAUCCUUCUGGGAAUCCCACAUGUUCGUACACUAUGGCUUAUGCAACUCCAGUUCCCUCUUGCGCCUGUUCUCACGGCAUGUCUCCCUGCUAAGAUGAUCUGGCUAGUUCUGGAAGCCAGACAAAAACAAAUCUUGUUAGAAGAGCAUGAAGACGUGACCGAAGAAGAAGUCGCAGGUGUACUUAGUCAGUGCGUGUUCGGCUGGCUUCUGCCUUUUAUAAUUCGUGGUUCUCGCAAAGAUAUCCUAUCGCGGGAUCUACUACAUCUAGAUACCGAACUACGAAGCCUUCGCGUACAUGACAUGUUCAAAGUCAACUGGAGACCCAUUGCUGAGUCUGAAAACCACAAUAUCCUGGCCUGGUGUCUAUUGAAGACCUUCAGGUGGCAGCUCCUUCGUGCCGUACUGCCUCGACUCGCCCUUUUGGCUUUUACGGUCCUUCAACCAAUAAUUAUCGAGCGCCUGGUAGAUUAUGUUGGCACAUCUGAUGAUAUUCACGAGAGAGCGACGGGGCUAGGGCUAAUUGCAGCCGUCGCGCUGGUCUACGGAGGAACAGCACUGUGUACUGCUCUCUACUACCAUUCAAUCUAUCGUUUUGUCGCCAUGAUUCGAGGUGCUCUCGUUUCCGCCACGUACGAAGCGGCGCUAGAAUGUCGCUCUUCCGCAGUGGAUGGCUCGUCCACCUUGACUUUGAUCAGCGCCGACGUAGACACAAUAGUGUUCGGACUUAUUGAGAUACAUGAACUCUGGGCUUCGUGUAUCCAGAUUGGGUUGGUCAUGUGGCUCUUAUCACGCCAGGUGCACUGGGGAGCAGCUGCACCUCUUAUCCUUUCAUUGGGUUGCGUAGGAGCUAGCUUGCUGCUAUUUUCGCGCCUCGGACAAAACCAGAAACGGUGGAAUGAAAGUAUUCAGGUUCGACUUGGAGCUACGUCAGAGGUGUUGGCCCAGAUGCGCGAGAUUAAGUUCAUGGGUUUGACGAACUUCUUCACUGAAUACAUACAGAACCUACGUGCCAAGGAACUGCAGGCUUCCCAAAAGAUGCGUCGCUUGUUGGUAGGGAUUGUAGUCAUUUCUCGCAUCACGAUGACAAUGGCUCCUGUUAUUACGUUCAUUAUAUAUGCCGCUCCCAGUAAAGGCAAUUUGCUACCUGCUCGGGCAUUUUCCUCACUCACUAUGAUUGGCCUGUUGUCUGAACCGAUUAAUGUUCUUGUGCAGGCUGUUCCUGGUUUCGCAGGAUCCCUUGGCUGUUUGAGUCGCAUACAGGGAUUCUUGACAAGCAACCGAAGUAAGACAGCGAAUGCCGAAUCACUCUCUCAUGAGAAAGUCGUCCAAAAAGACCUAGAGUUUGCCUUAUAUGUAAACGACGCCAGUUUUGGCUGGAAGCUCGACACACCUGUGUUGCGCGAUCUAUCCAUCAAGAUUCCUCACGGCUGGUCUGUCGCCAUUACCGGCCCAGUCGCCUGUGGCAAAACUACACUUCUUAAGGGCAUUCUUGGUGAGAGUUCCUCGUCCUCAGGAGCUGUGGACAUCAAUAUUCGGUCAGUCGGUUACUGCGAUCAAAGUCCAUGGAUGCUUAACACCAGUAUUCGGGACAACAUAACUGGUCUGUCGGUACCAGAUAUGACACGGUACAAGCGCGUGCUACAGGUUUGUGAUCUUGAAGAAGACAUUGCUUCUCUACCUGAAGGCGAGCAAACCCUGGUUGGCAGUAACGGCAUAAAGCUCAGUCAUGGUCAGAAGCAACGUAUAUCACUCGCCCGUACCUUGAUGCAAAAAGCGAGUUUGAUCUUGGUAGAUGAUCUCCUUUCUGGCCUGGAUAAGAAAAAUAAGGCUAAAGUGUUUCGCAAUGCUUUUGGCCCUAAUGGUUUUCUUAAACAAGAGGGUACAACCUUCUUGCUUGUGUUGACUGAAGCUCACUUUUUACACUUUUUUGACCACGUUAUUGUUCUAUCCGAUACGGGAACUAUCUCUCAACAAGGACUAGUCAAACAACCAGAGAGGGAUGCAGCUGUGCAGAUGGAGCAGCAGACAAGUAAAAGCGAUUGUCAAGUCUCGCCUACAGCAACAGGAGCGAAUGAAGACGAACGUGAACAAGUACAAGAGGAACCGGAGGGACCUCUUCCAGUUGCAGCGCUACCAGCGUCUUGGAAAGCGGGAGACUGGAGUCUAUAUGGGUAUUAUGUUGCCGCUACUGGAAAAGUCAAUACAUCGGUCUACCUAAUCCAGGUCGCGGCUUUAGCUGUUCUUUACAACUUUUCUUCGAUUUGGCUCGGUUGGUGGUCUAGUAAGAACGCAGCUGGCCAUGACACCUCCUUAGCCAAAUAUCUUUCUGUAUAUGCAUGUUUCGGAAUACUCACCCUUCUCUUGUCGGGUUUAGCCAGUUGGCAACUCUUUGUACGAAUGGUGUCUCAGUCUGCACUAUACUUUCACUCAGUGAUUCUACAAUCAACAAUGAGAGCACCCUUGUCCUUCUUCUCAAAUACAGACGUGGGAACCUUGAUGAAUCAUUUCAGUGAAGACAUGCAACUGUUUGACAUGACUUUACCUCUUGCCGCACUGAACACCACCGCAUUUGCUGCAAUCUCUGGUGUUCAAUUAGUCGUCAUAUGUGUGUCUGCACAUUGGAUCGCGGCAACAAUCCCGGCCUGUCUGUUGGCCAUAUAUCUGAUUCAAAGGCUUUACCUGCGUACUUCGCGACAAGUCAGGUUACUCGAUAUUGAGCUGAGAGCGCCACUGUAUCGCCACUUUCUAGAGUCUUUGCGGGGCCUGGUCACCAUUCGCUGCUUCCGCUGGCAGGAAUCACUGACUAAUAAGCAUUAUGCGCUGCUAGAUGACUCACAGCAGGCUGUCUACAUGCUAUUUUGCAUCCAAAGGUGGCUUACAGUGGUCCUUGAUUUGCUUGUGGCUGGCAUGGCAAUCCUUCUUGCUGUUUUCGCCGUCACAUUGAGACACUCCAUGUCCGCUGGUGCCGUUGGUCUCGCCAUCAGCAAUAUCACAACCUUCAACUCCAACCUAGCCAAUGUAGUCCAGGCCUGGACCAAGCUUGAAACAUCACUUGGGGCACUGGUCCGUUCUCGAACCUUCAAGGACAAGACACCCGUGGAAGAGGGUACGGACAGACUGCCAGCACUUCCAACCGGCUGGCCACUUAAGGGCGAGAUUCGCAUCGAAAGUCUUGUAGCUUCUUACUCCCCUUCAUCUCCAGACACCUUGAAAAGUAUCUCGCUGGUAAUCCAAGCUGGUCAAAAGGUAGGCAUCUGUGGGCGGACAGGAAGCGGCAAAAGCUCCUUGAUUUUCUCGCUUUAUCGAGGGAUGCAUAUCAAAAGCGGUCGCGUCGUAAUCGAUGGCAUUGACCUGGCCACUGUUCCACCCGAAGAGAUACGUUCUCGCAUCAAUACGAUUACGCAGAACCCUUUGCUGAUACCAGGCUCUGUAAGAUUCAACCUAGACUUCAGAGGGCAUCAAAAUGACGUGCAAAUACUCUCCGCCUGUAGACGCGUCGGUUUGGACGAAUAUCUGUUGGCGCAUGGUGGCCUAGACGCUGAGCUGAGCUCAUUGGCACUCUCGCCCGGUCAAACGCAACUAUUUUGUUUGGCCAGAGCUCUCUUGCAACCAAAGAAAAUCCUGAUCCUCGAUGAGGUGACCAGUAACGUUGAUCAUAAAACUGACCUGCAGAUGCGCAAAGUUAUCGAGCAAGAAUUUCAAGGCUGCACUAUUAUCACUAUUGCGCACAGGCUGGACUUCAUCGCGAAUUAUGACCGCAUCGUGGUUCUAGAACAGGGCCAGUUGGUCGAAUGGGACUCACCCCAGGCUCUACUGUCACGCCCUUCUCAUUUUGCCAGCCUGUCGUCCGUUAGGGUGUGA